CAGCUACUGCACUGGUUCUGUCAGUCAGCUGGGGUAGGUGGGGUCACAAAGAGCCAAGAUGGCUGACUUUGAGGAGCCGCUGUCAGAUGAGGAGAAGGUCCGCAUAGCGGCUAACUUUGUGACUCAUGCCCCCCCUGGAGAGUUCAAUGAGGUCUUCAAUGAUGUGCGGCUUCUUCUCAACAAUGACAGCCUCCUUAGGGAGGGGGCUUCGCACUCCUUUGCCCAGUACAACAUGGAUCAAUUUACACCUGCCAAAUUAGAGGGAUAUGAUGAGCCGGUUCUGAUCACAGAGCAUGGUGACUUGGGUCAAGGACGUUUCCUUGAUCCCCGCAACGGUUUAUCGUUUCGCUUCGACCACCUAAGAAAAGAAGUGAGCGACGUGCAGCCAUAUGAAGGAGAGACAGCCCUCAGAAGUUGGAGAGAUGCCUGUGAUACUGCCCUUAGUGCCUACGUCAAAGAGCACUACCCUACUGGAGUCUGUACGGUAUAUGGGAAAACGGUUGAUGGUCAGCAAACGAUUAUAGCCUGCAUUGAGGGACAUCAGUUUCAACCCAAAAACUUCUGGAACGGUCGGUGUAGGUCAGAGUGGAAGCUUACUAUCGGUCAGCCCACUGCUCAGGUGGUUGGAGUAUUGAAAAUACAGGUGCAUUAUUAUGAAGAUGGGAAUGUGCAGCUGGUUAGCCACAAGGAGGUAGAAGAAUCCAUGCCAGUGACCAAUGAAAUCCAGACAGCUAAGGAAUUUGUUGAUAUUAUUGAGAAUGCAGAAAAUGACUACCAGACUGCUAUCAGUGAGAACUACCAGACCAUGUCUGACACUACAUUUAAGGCUCUGCGUCGUCAGCUGCCUGUCACACGCACGAAGAUCGACUGGAAUAAGAUUCUAAGUUACAAGAUUGGCAAGGAAAUGCAGAACGCUUAAAGGAGGGCCAGGGACUGACCAGAGAAAUGCCUGGUGGCCCACAACCCACCUAUACCUGCGCAAGGAGUAACCAAAGCAAAACUAUAUUAAUAUGGGGCAAGGAAAUAACAAAAACAAACAAUAAAAAAAAAGAAAAUACAACUAAAGGUGUGCAGACUGUUAGGCACAGAUAUCUGUCUCUUGCAAGGAAUGUUCAGUUAUGGGAAUAAUGGUUUAGAGAAAGUGGUUGUAUGUUUUGAAAGGACUGUGUUUGGACAGGGCUGUGCUCAGGACCGCAGCAUUCGAGAAGUAACUUUCCUCUGAACACCUAAGGAUCACAGACCUUAGAUGCUGGUGUGAGAAGGUGUGUGUGUAUAUAUACUGUUUUCUUAGUAAAACUGAUGUAGAACUGUGAUUUUACAGUUCUCAGCACACACAAGAACCAGGAUGCACAGAGCAGCUCAUAAGAGAAAUUAAGCACACAUCACCUGUCUCUUUUUUUUGGGG